AUGUCAGUCACAGGUGCAGUCAAGGCAAAUCAUGCAACGAAUGAUCGUACGCCCAUAACUCCACGAACGGAACCUCCUCCACCUACAGUUUCUCCCAAGGGCGAUCGUUCUGAUAUAGGCCGUCGAUCUCCAGAGCCUAAACGACCCUCAAAUGACAUCGAUGAAACACACAAGAGUCCGUCGUCUCGUCCUGAACCAUCAUCUGCAGCAUCUACGAAAGAAGUAGUGCCGGGAGCGGAGGACUCCGAGGAUUCAGCUCAAGUGAUCAUCGAUAUGGAGGCAUUCGGACAAAUUCUCGACCUCGAUGAAGAUGACACGCACGACUUUUCUAAAGAAAUGGUCCAAGAAUAUUUUACACAGGCAAAGCAAACUUUUACCGACCUGGAGCAGGCAUUAGAAGUAAAAGACCUCGAGAAACUUUCAUCGUUGGGACACUUUCUCAAGGGAUCUUCUGCUACUCUCGGCGUGUCUGCUGUACAAGGGUCAUGUGAAAAGAUACAAAAUUACGGUCAUUUAACAGACGGUACAGGAGGCGUGCUCACCAGCAAAGAUGCACUCGAGAUGAUCACCGAUUUGAUGGGGCACGUAAAGAGAGAUUACGAAGAAGCGGAGAAGUGGUUAAGACAGUGGUAUAAGGACAAUGGCAUGACAGAAAUAUCGUGA